GGACCCACUAGGUGGCGCCCCACACGGCUCAGUUGCAGCAGCCUGGCGAGAGGGGUGGCAGCGGGGGUCCGGGACAAUACUUACAGCCAAGCGGGCACAAGAGGCUGCAGCGGAGGUGCACGAGAGUGUGUGUUGCCCGUGCGGCCCGGACGCUGGUCACCAUGAGCGCUGCGCCGCCGGUUUUCCUUGGCUCCGAGGUGGUGGAGAAGCACUUGCACCGCGCCAGCCUCCUGAUCCCUUCGCUGGAAGCUGCCCUGGCCAAUUUCUCCAGCGGCGCGGAGGGAGGCGUCGUGCAGCCCAUGCGCACCGUGGUGCCGGUGCAGAAGUACAGCGGAUUUUUAGGGGUCAUGCCUGCUUACAGUGCAAAGGACGAUGCUCUAACAACUAAACUGGUAACCUUCUAUGAACACAAAAAGGAUUCUUCUGUUCCCUCUCACCAAGCAACUGUAUUACUCUUUGACCCAAGAAAUGGCUCUUUAAAAGCUGUCAUGGAUGGCAGUGUCAUUACAGCAAAACGAACUGCUGCAGUUUCCGCGAUAGCUACCAAGUUCUUAAUGCCAGCUGAUUCAGAAGUGCUGUGCAUUCUAGGAGCUGGUGUUCAAGCCUAUAGCCAUUAUGAGGUCUUCACAGAGCAGUUCUCAUUUAAAGAGGUCAGGAUAUGGAAUCGCACUAAGGAGAAUGCUGUGAAGUUUGCUCGCUCAGUUAAGGGUCCACCAGUGCAGGUUUGCUCCUCUGCUCAGGAGGCUGUCACCGGAGCUGAUGUGAUUAUAACGGUCACCAUGGCAACAACGCCAAUUUUAUUUGGAGAGUGGAUAAAACCAGGUGCCCAUAUCAACGCUGUUGGGGCAAGCAGACCAGACUGGAGAGAGCUGAAUGAUGAAGUGAUGAAGAAUUCUGUCCUGUAUGUGGAUUCUCGAGAGGCUGCUCUGAAUGAAUCAGGAGAUGUUAUAUUAUCAAGGGCAGAGAUUUUUGCCGAGCUGGGGGAGGUAGUGAAAGGGACAAAACCAGCCUUGCGUGAGAAAACAACAGUGUUCAAAUCACUGGGGAUGGCAAUUGAAGACACUGUGGCAGCAAAAUUCGUUUAUGAUUCCUGGUCAGCUGGUAACUAAAACCAAGAGCCUGCAAUACUAAGAAGGACAAAAUAAUAGAAAGAAAAUGGUUCAUGCUUAGUUUUCUUGUACCAUUUCUUUAUAAGAAAAGGAAGUAAUUCCAUAGGGAAUAUAGUACUUUAUAACUUUCAAUAGCCAAUAUUAAAAUUACAUCAUAUACAGCAUUUACUUUUAUUCUUUAAUGUCAGACAUCUAAUGUUUUGUAAAGUUACUAACAAAUGUAUUUCUGUGCAUUUUGAUAUCCUUUGGAAUAAACCACUUUUGCUCACUAAUGUAACAGCUAGCAGAAAAACUGUGUGCAGAUUUCAUGUCUGUGGAGAGCUAAUUGGUAUUGUGGUAAAAUGCACUAGUGUGGAGACUGCAGUUUAAAUCUGGUAUCAUGUCACUAGUGAUAGCUGUCUCCAUUUAAACCCUAGUGGGACAGUUCUCAGCAUGAUGAAACCGCCAUCAUUCAGACAUCUAUCCAUCUGGUCUCUAGAAAGGUUUGAAUCUGGAAUGCUAGAAAUGCUGUAGGUUACAGUUAGAGUGUGUUAAUCAAAAAGGGUAAAUAGUUAAUCAUGUUCAGUGCCUUGCUAUGCUGGGACUUAGUAUUAUCAGUUUAUGAUGGUCAUGAGAUUCACCCAAAACUUCAGCGUUAAACAGUUUUUUCUUUAAAAAUAAAUAAAUAAUAUUGCACAUACUCUAUUGGGAGAUUUCCUGAUUUAAUAUGUUCAUAAAUUCUCUACUAAGGCUCUCUUAGGUUAGAGCCAUGCUGACUUAUUCCAGUGGGAUAAACUUCUUCCCAGUGUGAAGACAAACCUUUUCAGUGCUGAGGUUUGUUUGUGUCUUGAGUAGGUGAGUGGACUGGUAAUCAUGCUUUUAGCCAUAUGAGCAUUGCUUUAAAGGAGCCUCUCUUUCUUUCUUUAAAGGAGCCAGGGGUGACAUGCUAGGUAAGGAAAAGUUCCUGUUCUAUGCUAACAACCCAACUGUUUUGCAUAGAUUGCACAUCUGUUAAUAGAUGGCUCUUGUCUUGGGAAAGAGUCCCAAGCUUGGGGCUGCAUUUGUGCCUUAUAAAAUUGCUUGCAUCUACAUUUUAUACCAUGCAGGUAAUUAAAUAUUUCUUCAUUCCAUGGGAACGUAUAUAGCACAGUCAUUUGUAAUGCUGCUAGUACAGUAUAGAGAAGCAAUAGACAGGAGGUACAGUAGAAUUUACUGUUAAAUCUCUAGGUGGUGCAUGAGUAAAUUUAUAAAGAGAAUUAUGGGCAAAAGUCACAGGUGACAUAAUGUGUGUGUAAGUUACAAGCCUUUUGUAAACUAGUCAGAAAAUAGGAGUAAAUUGCAUAGUAGUGUAAUUUGCAUAGAUUUAGCAUUGAGGGGUAACAAACCCUUAAAUCUUUUGGGUCAAACGAUGCUCUCUUUUACGUGGGUGCAAAAUCCAGAGUAACUCCAUUGACUUUCCAGUGGCAUAAGUGAAUGAAGAAUUUGUCCUCCUAACCUUUGCUUUUUUAAAUUGUAAUGAUGUGACCUUAAAAAUUCUGUUAUGAAAAAAAUCACAUUUAAUGUACUGAA